GUAGAACUAGACUUGGACCAGACGUUGAGACUUGAGAGCGUUUAUUUGCCGCCGGACGCUCAAAAUUCCUAGGGCUCGUUCCUGAUCACUUCUUUUUCGCUCUCGUCUCCGCCGUCUUCCGUCGGAUGACCGAUCCAACGUCUCUCUCUUCCUCCUCGCUGGCCUCGUCGGCAUUGGAUUCGCGGCUUCUGUCACCAGAAACUCUCCGUCGGCCACCAUCUUUUGUGGAUUGAAAGUCGAGGACGGCAGCACGCCUUCAGGGCGAAUCGCCUGUUAGGUCGAAUCGCCUGGGAAUGGAAAAAGAGGUUGUUCCUCACCUCAUAAAGCCGAUUAGCCAGGAGGUAGUCCACAGAAUUUCUUCGGGGCAAGUGAUUUUGGACCUUCGUUCAGCAGUUAAGGAGUUGCUGGAGAAUAGCUUAGAUGCCGGUGCGACCAGUAUUGAGAUAAAUCUGAAAGAAUAUGGGAAAGAGUGCUUCAAAGUCGUAGACAAUGGCUAUGGCAUCUCGCCAGAAAAUUUUCAGGUUGUUGCUCUUAAACAUCAUACGUCUAAGAUAUCUAUUUUUUCUGAUCUUCACUGUUUGACAACUUUUGGCUUCAGAGGAGAAGCACUGAACUCUCUUUGUAUGUUAGGAGAUUUGACUGUUGAGACAAGAACAAAAAAUGAGGCACUUGGUACACAUUUGGUAUUUGACCAUUCUGGUUUUCUGACAAAUGAGAAGAAAAUUGCCCGACAGGUUGGAACUACUGUGAUUGUCGAGAAGUUAUUCUCCACCUUGCCAGUGCGAUGCAAGGAAUUUACUCGGAACAUACGGCGAGAAUUUGGGAAGCUUGUUUCUUUGCUGAAUGCAUAUGCUCUUAUUGCUAAGGGCGUUCGGUUGCUUUGCACAAAUACAACUGGUAAAAAUACAAAGUCUGUUGUAUUGAAAACGUCAGGAAGUAGUUCACUGAAAGAUAAUAUUAUUAAUGUAUUUGGCCUGAGUACCUUCCAGUCCUUAGAUUCACUGAAUUUCAGCUUAUCUGAAGAUUGCAAGGUUGAAGGUUUUCUCUCGAAGCCUCAAAAUGGCAGCGGUCGCACAACAGCAUAUAAACACUACUUCUUCGUAAAUGGAAGACCUGUUGAUAUGCCAAAGGUCAGCAAACUUGUUAAUGAAUUAUUCAGAUCUUCAAGUUCCAAACAAUUUCCUAUUGUGAUCUUGAAUUUUACCAUACCAGCAACAUCAUAUGAUGUUAAUGUCACCCCUGAUAAGCGAAAAAUUUUCUAUUCUGAUGAGGGUGCACUUAUGCUCUCCCUUAGGGCAGAGAUUGAGAAGAUAUAUCUCUCUCAUGGGCUCAGUUUUGCUGUUAAUAGGAUUGAAGAGCUUGAGAAUGAAAGAUGUGAUGCUUCUGGUGAAGAGGGCCCUUUGGCAUCAUCCAAAGGAUUAUCUUGUGAACAUGGUGAUCAGGAACUUUCGGAAUGUGAUCCUCCAAAAAAUGUGCAAGUUAAAGAGUUGAAUAAGGAAAGAAUUUUUCUUUGUGAAAAAAGGUCUAUGCCAAAAGAAUUGGACAGUAGGUCACAUGAAAUAGAUGAAUCUGUAACUCCUCUUUAUCACCCCAAGCAGUUAAAUGAUUUUCACAAGAUAAGCUCCAAAAUUGAUGCUAAAUGGAGAAACUGUGCUAAACUUGCGAGGAAUGACAAAACUGCUUGUCUAGGUCUCAUUCAGUCAUCUCUUACAAAUUUUCUUUCUCCAAACAAAAGGAAACAUGAGGAUAGUUGCAGUGUUUUGUCUGAGACACCUUUAUUGAGAAAUAGAUCCUGCCAGGUCAGGAAAUGCAGUUUUGGUAAUCAGACUAUAAUGUCAGAAUACUCUGAAUCUGAUCAGUGUAUUGGAGACGGUUCACCUAAAAAUAGUGAAAAAGUACUGCUAGAGGACCAAUCACCACCUGUUCCUUUUGAUAGAGAAAAAAUCUCCUUUCCCGGUGAAUGUAGGUUUCGUGAUGGAGGUUCUAUUGAGGAUAUGCAUACAUCUCCUGCUGAUGUCACUAUGAGUUCUUACAAAGAUCUAAAAAUGAAGGCAGAAAGUAUAUCAAGCCCAAUUGCAACUGAAUCAUUUGAUGAAAGAUAUGAUACUCGAAAGCCUUGUUCUGAUUCAAAAACUUGCUCUGUUAUGCAAUUCAGUAUGGAUGAUCUUAGAAGAAAGACACAAUUUAAGUUCAGAGAGCUGCCACAAUGGAAAACAUUGCAUGGACGAAUCAGAAAGACAAGGUGCUAUACUGCUGCAGUGAUAAAGAAUUCUCAACCAGAAGAGGAGAAGGAGAAAGCACAGUGUAUGGAAGCAGCUACCAGCGAGUUGGAAAGAUAUUUCAAGAAAGAAUAUUUUGGUCAAAUGCAGGUGGUUGGGCAAUUCAAUCUUGGUUUUAUAAUUGGAAAGAUGGAUCAAGACUUGUUUAUCAUCGAUCAGCAUGCUGCAGAUGAAAAAUAUAAUUUUGAGCAGCUCUCACAUUCAACCAUCUUGAACUUACAGCCACUACUUAUGCCACUUAGGUUGGAGUUAUCACCGGAGGAGGAAAUUGUAGCUUCUAUGCAUAUGCAAACAAUUAGAAAAAGUGGUUUUCGAUUGAUAGAGGAUAUACAUGCCCCUCCUGGUCGCCGUUUCAUGCUUAAAGCUGUUCCUUUUAGUAAAAGCAUAGUCUUUGGUGCUGAAGAUGUCAAGGAGCUAAUUUCUAUUCUUGCUGAUAGUCAAGGAGAGUUAGGUGUAAGGUGUUCUUACAAAAUGGAUACUCCUGAUUCCAUCUGUCCAUCAAGUGUUCGUGCUAUGUUGGCUUCAAGGGCUUGCCGAACAUCUGUAAUGAUUGGCGAUCCAUUGACUAAAACUGAAAUGCGGAAGAUUCUGAGGAACUUGGUUGAUCUUAAUUCACCAUGGAAUUGUCCACAUGGUAGGCCAACUAUGCGUCAUUUGGUAGACUUGACUGCUAUUCAUCCAAGAUCCUAGAGUGUCUGUCGUUCGUAGCCCUGCAGAAAACUGAUAUAUGAGAUCGAAACUGGAAACCGAAGAUGAAAUGGUUACCAGAGUUUGCGAAUAUGCCCCUCGGCAUCUCAUCCAUUGCAUUUUGGCAAGGAAGGCACUGCGUGUAAUAUCGCCCUUGUUUUUGAGACAUCGUGGUUGGCCCUGCCUUUGACAAUUUCAUAUAUCCGGCUGUCUCGGGAUUUUGGUCUUUUGCCCCAGCACAACAUGGCUUAAGCUCCUUCCACAAACAUUUAUAUGAAUCUUGAAGAUAUGUAUAUGCUUCCUGGCUAUGACUUUGUUGCUCUUGCCUUAUUAUUCUGUAUCAAUGGUCCUGUUGCAAGUGUCUGUAAUAUAUAUGCGUGGAGCAAUCAUGUAUGAGUGGAAUUUAUCAUUCAUUUUGAUUAAAAAAUUAGUUUAUAUACAUAGUACUUCCCCUGAUC